GGCGAUAAUAUAUCUUAAUGUUAGAGGGCUCCCUCCUCUGGCGCAGACCGUUACAGCCCCACCCUUUUCCGCCUCUGCAGAUCUCUGUUGCAGCGCUAAACGUCGCAUGAAUCUAUAUUCCGGACGGAGAGACCAACCAGGAAAUGGCUUCUUCUCUUCCUGCGUCUCUGUUCCUGCUGUCUGUGGUUUUCUGCCAGUUUCUCUCUGCUGCAGAUCAGAACAACGUCACAAUCAAAGCUGAACCUGGAGAGAACAUCUUUCUGCCAUGUGAUGCUCCUGACCAGGGAGAUAUCAGAAUUGUAGAGUGGAGCAGAACUGAUCUGGGGCCAGAAUCCGUCCUCCUGUACAGAAACUUUCAGUUUGAUCCAGCAAAGCAGCAUCCAUCUUACACGGACCGGGUUGAUCUGCUGGUUGGUCAGAUACGGAAAUUAGACGCGUCUUUGAUUCUGAAAAACACAACGACUGAUGACAGCGGAACGUAUGAAUGUCAAGUUGUUCAAACAGGCCAUCAGAAGAAACUGAUCAGCUCUGUCAGCCUGGUUGUAGCUCCUCGUCCAGAACCACUUCCAGUCUGGGCCACAGUUCUACUGGUUCUGGCUCUGGUUGCUGCUGCAGGUGUUGCUCUUUAUCUCUGGCUCCGUUGGAGACCAGACCCAGAAGCGGUGGAUGUGGAACCAGGGGAUGAGUCUGUCCUGCUGCCCUUUAAAGUCCCACGCUGCCUGUGGUUCUGUAAAUACAGAAUCUUCCUGCCUGUGCAUAGAGUGGAGUGGACGUACAGAGGCAACAGAAUGGUCCAUGUGUAUAAGAACGGUUCUGAUCAGCCUGGAGAACAGAAACUGAUCUCCAUAAUCAGAACCAAGAUGGAUGAAAACCUGCUGAAGACUGGAGACCUCAGUCUGACUCUGAGUCGGCCCACUGGUGAAGACGAGGACACCUACACCUGCACCGUCUACAACAAGAAGGGAGACAUCCUGAUGGAGAAACAUGUCUGGCUAAGGGUCAAAGCAGGGACAGACCGGGUCCAACCAGAGGACACCAGGACCAGAAGAAACUCUAUUGAUCCGUCUCCUCUAAUGGGUGAUCAAUUAGUCUGAUCAGGUUGAUCAAUCUCUGAUUAUUGAUCCAGCCAGACUUUGGAUCAGAGCCGAUCUCAGUGAAGGUUCUGAUGGACCAACAGAGGGACACUUCCUGGUCCUCUGGUCCAGUCUGCAGCCUCUUAUUGAUCACUAUUGAUUAUUGAUGACAGAAUGAAGAUCUGAAGGAACUGAACGAACCAGUUCAUGACUGGAACUGGAACUGGUUUGGAUCCAUCAGGGAGGAGAACAGUUCAGUUUGACCCAUGACCUCAUCAUCAUCUUCAUCAUUUUCUCUUCAAACCCAAAAAUCUCAGAAUUUUUUGCUUCCAGUCCAGAAUUUGGAUCUUUAGUUUAGAGCUGCACUGAUUGUAAUUUUCUGGCCGAUUAUAAAUCUUUAAAAUUUGACCUGCUGGUUCUAAUUUUGGCCUUUUUUUCUGAAAUGUUGCUGCAUAUCAGGAGAAAGUUGCUGAGUUGCCAACAGACUGACUGCAAACAUUGAGUUCUGACCCGGUGGGCCGGUCUGCCAGUCAAACGUCUCUCUGAUUUCUAGACCUUCGCUGAGGAAGAGAAAAUCGUCUUCAUGUCUAAAUAUCGGCUGAUAUUUCAGGAAUCAGCUCAGAUAAAAUGACUGGCAGAGAAAUUGUUGCACCAAAGAAAACCUGGAAAUAUUUUGUUCCUUUAUGGUUGAUGUAAAGUCCAGUUACACUUAUUGCAUUUAUUAAUCUUUAUUACAUUAUAAUGCAGAUUAUUCUAGUCCUGGAUUAUAAUCUAACUCUGACAAACAUCCUAAAGUGUCCAUCUGGUUUCUAUAUGAAUCCUGCCUUAUUAAUGUUUUCAUUAUAAAUAAUAGAAGCUUCUUUAUUUCACUUUUUUAUUUUAGACACAAUUUGAUUGUAAAAGUGAAAACCUACUAACACCAUAAACUGUUAUUUUAUAAAAUACAGAAUUUGAACAUAGUUCCAGAUUUCUGAUCACUAAAUGUUUUAAUUUCUGACUGAAAUAUAUUUUAUGCCUCAUUUUAUCCAUUUGUUACAUUUUGCUUUCAUGUUAAUGUGAAUUUAAAGACAAAACGUUGAAUUUUAAACCUCCAGAAUGAAGAUAUAAUUUAUUACCAAAAGAUCAUGAAAUAAUUUGAUCACUAAUAUAAUUAUUCAAUAUAUUUAGUCAGACAUCAGCUGAAGCUCUAGAAUGAGUUUUUCUAUACACGUUACUAUUUACAGUGUUCAUAUUCUAUGCUUGUAUAUCUACUAUAAUGAUAUUUCAUGCUUGUAUUUUUUAUUUCUUAUGAAUUUUUAGAUUUAUUUUACAUUUUCUCUGUGCUUUAAGGCUGAAUGAAUCUGAUUCUCUGGUUUCUGAGUUUUUCUCUGCUGGUUUUAUUUUCAGUCAGGAUGAAAAAAUAUUUUUUAUUUUAAAUCUGGAUGUUUCCUGAAUCUGCAGAAUCAAAUUGAUAAUCAUUUGAAUUAUUGAUUUCUAAUAACAGAUGAACUGAUUGGUACUGAAGAUUAAUCAAUAUUUAUCUAAUCAUAAAUAUCUAUUUCACUUGCUGGAAUCCAUGGAUAUACAGAGUUUUUAUUAAUUUGGCUGGAAAAUAACAUUUUAUUUUCAGACCAAAUCAGUUUCCAGAUUUUAUAGAUUUUUUUAGUUUAAAAUGAAAACAGAAAAUAUUUUCAUAACUUUGUUUUCUUUACUGAUUUAUUUCGUCCCUUCAGGGAGUCGACCUGAAUCCAAACUAAAACAUCCUGGUUGGUCCUGAUUUCACUCUGAACUACAGAAAACCUAAAAAAAUCCAGAUUUUCCAAAAAUUUAAUCCUCAAACAGAAACUCAGUAAGUUUGAUACUUUUUCAUUUUUUUCUUUAAAUGCCAGUUUUAGUUUUUAAACUCAUUUUCAGGUGAUUUUAUUUGUUUCUGCCAUGUUUUGUUAAACAUGUUUGCUAAAAUGCCAAGAUGUGCUUAAUAACAAUAAAACGUGAUAAUAAACUAAAAACUUCCGUC